AUGGAGGCUGCUGAGCCUCUGUCGCAGGAGGAGGUUGACGAGUUUAUCGCUGCCAUUGAUACCAACCACGAUGGCUUUAUUGAAUAUAACGAAGUGGAAUCUAUGCUUGACAAGGUUCAUCAUGAAAUAACAGCCUAUCCAACACCGCAUCAUCUUUACCACGAUAGCCGUGACGACAUCGAUCGGCAUCAGUUCUUGCGCAGGAUCAUAUCAACAGAGAGUGACCGGAUCAGUUCCGCAGAGUUUGCGCAUAUCGUCCAUCGAUGGAGAAUCCCGUCGCUAGAACCAGACAAAAAGGACGAAGAAGCAAACAAAACUUUCGUCAAUUCCAUGCCUCUUUGGAGGCGACUAAGGGCAUUCUGGUCGGUUCGCGGUCCAGAAGUGAUGUUUGUCUUGUUUGUGACAUCAAUUACUGUCGCUAUUACAGUAUGGAAAAUGGUGAUAUACAUCGCUGAACCCCAGUGGCGGCGAGCCCUAGGAUGGGGAGUGGUCCUCAGCAGGAGCUCAGCCGGCGCCUGUAAGCAGAGCAUUUAA